AUGAAACAGUCAAACAAGUUAGAAACAUGGGGAAGUGAAACUACAAUGAACUUGACAAAUAUUCUUUACCAAAACAUUCAAGCUUCACCUUAUUUCAAGCAACUCUACGAGUUGAAAACUUAUCAUGAAUUGAGUCUCUCGGUAGAACCUUUUCUAAAAGGAACAACAGCAUCUACGGCUUUUUGUUUAUUGUAUAAGCUUUGGACUCUUAGAUUAACCGUGAAACAAAUUAACGGUUUGAUCGAACAUUCCGAUUCACCACAUAUCAGAGCAUUAGGAUUCAUGUAUCUUCGUUAUGUCUGCAAACCGGCUCAUCUAUGGGAUUGGUUUGAAAAUUACCUGGAUGAUGAAGAACAAAUUCAAAUUCAAGGUGGACCUCGACCAGUCUCAAUAACAAUUGGAAAAUUGUGUCGCCAAUUACUGACUGAUCAAAAAUGGCUUGGUACCAUUUUACCACGUAUUCCGGUACCGAUUGCUCGUGAUAUUGAUCAAAAACUAAAGGAAAAACCAAACAGAUCUUUAUCAAGACGUGAUUCUCCAACUUAUGAUUUAGAACCAUUGAAACAGGAAGAAGAUGAUAGAGAUUAUCGUCGUAGUCGUAGUCAAAGUGUUGAAAGGGGAUCCUCAAGAUCACAUAGAUAUCGCGAUCAUGAUUAUGAACGCAGUGGUCGUAGGGAACGUGAUAGAUAUCGGGAUAAUGAUCGUGAUCGUCGACGCAGUCGAAGUCGUAGUAGAGAGAGAGAACGUCAUCGUAGACAUAGAACUUCAAGUCGAGAACGUAGAGAGAGAGAAUAUGAUCGUCGUGGUAGUUAUGAUGAUUAUGAUAGAAAAAGGAGAUAUGAUGAUGAAAAAGGAUUAGAACGUCGCAGAAGUAAAAGUCCACGAAAUUAA